AUGACACGCGACGAAUGUCGCCAGACGCUUAGGAGACUCGAAUUAGAAGCCUACUCAAAAAUGAUCAGUGUGCUAAGAGCACAAGGGGCAUUGGAAGAGAAUAGAAAAAAGUUGCUUGAGGAGCUCCGCGCGGUUUUACAUAUAAGCAAUGAUCGCCACAGCGCCGAGGCGCGUCGCGUGUCUAAUGACGAGUUAUUAGCAACUAUUGCAGAGCAAUUAGCAGGGCCUAACACUGGGCUAGCAUGGAUCAGCGAAGGUCGGAGAAGAAUACCACUCUUGCCACGUGGUAUCCCGCAAACUGCUUACACAGAAAUAGCAGAUAAAGCUGCCGAGGCAGCUGCUGCUGAAAAUAGAGAGCUUCAGAAGAAAAUAGAAGCUGAAAAACUUGUUGCACCUAAAUCCAAUGAGGAAGAACAUCCAGAAACUGAAGGUCAAACAGCUGAGUGUGGACUAUCAGCAAAUGAGGAAAUUGACGAGUUAUUAUACCCCCCUAUAGCUAUGGAAGAUGAAACAAUAAAAAUGUGGGAAACAGAAUUACUUGGUCGCAAAAGAAAGAUUCCCGAGACUGGUUCAAUACCUGAAGAUGGGACUACUCCAGUCAAGAAUAUGAGAAAUAUACCAGUGAACACAAAUCAAAAGCAUGUGAAUUUAUCACAAAUUUACUCUAAAUUCUCCCAACCAGCAUCAAGUAAAACGUCCGGCCAAUCGAAACACUCGUACAACCAAGUGAGCAAAGUGUCGACGAGCAAAUCGAACCCGAACCCGUCGAGGCAGUCGCAGCACAAGCACAGAGCGCACAAGCAGGGCGCUAGGGGCGCCAAGUCGAGCGCGCAGAGGAAGCCUCAGGAGCUGACGAUGUCGCCGAGCAAGUACAGCGCCGGCUCGAUGCAGGACUACGGCGGGCCGAACUCGUUCCAAGCGAGCUACGCGCAGUCGGUGAUGAGCAAGCAGAAGGCGGACUACGACGAGCCGAGGGCCAAGGUGAUGUCGCCCGGAAUGGUGACGGACUCGCCGCCGAUGCAGCUGAUGACGCAGCCGGCGGCUUUGCCCCACGAGCCGGCGCUCCCCGACGGCGCGCACAUCGACGACCCGGCCAGCCUGCAAGCGCACAGCGGCCCUGUUCCGAAACAACCCGCGAGCGGGAAACCCUGCCAGCUCGUCAUCAAAAAGCGCCACGACUCUGCCGCCGCCGACAGGAAAGUGCAAAUGUCCGAAUUCAAGAUACUGCAGAAGCCCACCGACAGCGUGAAGCUCCUCUCCAACCGGCAACUGGUGGUCGCGCCGAGCUCCGCUCAGAAGGCUCUCAACACGGGCAAGCUCGUCACCACCAAGGUGAUCGGCACCGCCAAGGCCCGCCCACCGAGCGUCCCCGUUGCGGCGGAAACGAUGAUAGUUGUAUCCAAACCGCCCACGGACAACAAAAUCCUAACAAACUCUAAGGUCAUUCUGACCUCCUCAGCCGGUAUGCAUAGUAAGGACAACGCAAUAAUUAGCACAAAUAACGUAUCACCCAAACCCUCCGAAACUCUCACCCCUAAAGGUAUUCCCGCCACGGACUUAAAGGUCUCCGCGAAAACUUUCGUUUUAAAUCCGAAAUCGGGACAGAAAAUGGUCGUGUUGCCCGCCAAGGCUCGAACUAAACCCAUUGGCGAUGGCCAAGUUCCCCUAUUUCAUUUCAAGGGCAUGCCUACGGCGAUGAAACUAGUUCCUGUUAGUUCGCAAUCAGUCAGUCAGGUCACUAAACCGAGCGCCGUUACGGUUGUGUCAAAACCGGCCGUAGUCAAUACAAUACCCUCCAACGCAAAAAUUGUGGGUGUUGAACCCAUCAAAACUGCAAAUCUAGCCGAUAUUAUUCCUGUCAAAGGCCUCGCACCUGUUUCCACCCCGAAAAUUACGAAUCCCAUAAUGCGACCGGUGAGCUCGAAAGGCAGUGUCAUAGUUGUACAGAAAGGUAGCGCGAUAGGUAAAGCGUUGACGUUUACCAAGAACGGUAACGACAUGUCCAAAAUCAUCAUGGGCAAAAAUGUCAAUCAACUUCUGCAAGCCUCGAAGCCCGAUCAGGUGGACGCGGACAAAUGCUCGGGCAACGUAAUAGUGCUCGAACUCAACAACGAACAAACGGGUCGCCCCACAACCAUGUCCGAGAUACUGGACAGCCGCGCCACCACCACGCCGCGUGAACUCCAAAAAAUCUCUCAACAAGAAAUCACACAGGACACACCGGUGCUGUUCGAAAAUCAACUGACCGACGAAACGUGUAAUCCAAAUAGUUUAGACUCCACGGCCGAAAGCAUAGGUGAUAUAGUGCCAAUGGAGACGGACCUUUCUAUGAUACACAAAGACGAAAGCAAGACUUUUGAGAAAAGCGCAGACGCCGUCAAGGACUCCUCGAGCGUCACCGACUGGGAAAUGGAGCUGGAAACAGCGAGAAAAGAUAAAGACGAGGACGAUAAACUGAACUCGUUACACCUAGACCUGGGCAUGUCCAGCGACAGCGAAAGCGAGUACCUGAACGUGGGCCCGCACAAAACAAAAAGCAAACGUUCCGCCCAGGAAAGUAUACAACGGGCGACACCUAGCGGGGUGGGCAACGAUAUGUACAGCGGGACUGGUACUCUGUCCCUUGCCACGAGGACUUUACUCAGUCAGUUGCAGGACGAGGGCUCAUCGAGCAACGACUCGUCGUUUGCGCUAAGGUCGAAAAUGUCGGAGAAAUUGAAAGAGUGCGACAUAAAACUAGACAAAACGGAGACGGAGGCGUUAACGAAGGCGAAGGAGAAGCUAUCGGAGAAAGUGGCAGAGGCGAGGUCGCAGCAAAAGCGGAUAGACGUCUAUAGCACCGCGAUCACGUCAUCAGAAAUAAAUCUCGACUCGUUCUCUUACUUAGACGAGGGAAUGUUGGUUGGCGACGACGUGUUCUCGACGGAAAGCAAGCGCCACGGCCGCCGCGCGGUUCUCGACGAUCAACUUUGUCCAUUGCUUGGCGAGGACUCCGCAAACUCAACAGACUCACAGACUGCAAUUGAAAGUUUGCCACUUAAAAAAAAA